AUGUCGUAUUCGGAGGAGUUAUAUGCAAAUUUACAAAAAAAUGCUGGAAGAACAAAACUUCCUGUGCCAAUGCUUGAUCGAUCACAAUUAAGUAUUAAAACUAUCCUCAAACAAUGCAUCGGAAAAGAAUUAUCUAAAAUAGCAAUGCCAAUCGCUUGGAAUGAACCUGUUUCAUUUUUACAACGUUUCGCUGAAAAUGUUCUUUAUACAUAUUUACUUGAUAUGGCCGAUGAAUGUAAUGAUCCAGUUAUGCGAAUGCAGUAUGUUGCUGCUUUCGCUGUAUCAUCAAUUUCAAGUAAUCUUGAUCGUUUAUCGAAACCAUUCAAUCCACUACUGGGUGAAACAUAUGAAUUCGUUCGUGAUGAUUUACCAUUUCGUUAUGUAAGUGAACAAGUUAGUCAUCAUCCACCUGUGAGUGCAUUUUCGUGUGAGCCAAAAGAUGGUAGUGGGCGAUGGAGAUACUACGGCAGCAUUUUACCAAAAGCUACAUUUUCUGUCAGAAACAUGGUUGUAAAGCCAAAAGGAUUGCUAUCGCUGGAACUCAAACGGCAUAAAGAAGUUUACACGUGGUCCAGUCUUACCUGUACAAUUCAUAAUGUACUUGUUGGUCGACUAUGGUUUGAAUAUCAUGGUACUAUGGAAAUCGAGAAUCAUGCGAAUAAAAUGAAAGCCGUAUUAAAUUUUAAACCGUUUUCAAGAACGACAAAAGAAUUACAUAAAGUUGAAGGUACUAUUAUUGAUUCGCGUAAACAUAAACUACGUGGUUUAUAUGGCUUUUGGACAGUUGGAUUAUUUUCUAUUGAUAUCGUAGUGUUUGAAUCAUUUUUAAAAGAGCAGAGAAAAGAAGCCAAACACGCACUAAAACAUCAACAGGAACCGGCAGCGAAUUUGGCGGCAACAGCAGCAGCAUCAUCAUUAUCAGCAGAUAGUGAGGAUGCAGACGAAGACGUACCAGACGUAGAUCCAGCUCAUGAACAACUUAAUCUUCCUCCUAAUUCUACAACACUAUGGAGAAUUAUACCAAAAUUAGAGCACGGAGCUCAAUACUACAAUUUUUCAUUAUUUACUAUGGCACUUAAUGAAUGGUCAGAAGAAGGUAUAAAGCUACGUCCACCAUUAGCACCAACAGAUUCACGGUUUCGUCCUGAUAUUCGUAAAAUGGAAGAGGGUAAUAUCGAUUUAGCUGGAGACGAAAAGACUCGUUUAGAAGAAAAACAACGUGCUGCUAGACGAGCCAUGGAAAAGCGUCGAGAAGAAUGGCAACCAAGAUGGUUUCAUCUCGUUAAACAUGAAAUAACAGGAGACGAUGUGUGGGUCACAAACGGAAAGUAUUGGCAACGAAACUGGAGCAAUUGUCCAAACAUCUAUUAG